AUGAAGCAAUGGCCUGAACGUGAGAAUUACUCGGGAUCUUUAGGCUCAAGUUCGUCGCCCAUCCAGCUUGAGAAUGCUGAUUUUAGGGGCCUACUCAGUGAAACGGGACACCCUUUUGUCACAGGCUGGGAUUUGUCCGCCCUAUCCAUGCUGGAGGCACGUCGUCUGAUACACAUGAACGCAGAACGCAGUUUCAUCGAGCCCUCAUGGCAGGUUAACGGAGUUGUGGUCAUUAUCGACUUCACUUUGGCUUCGGCAAAACAUAUCAAAGAGAUGGUUAAUCGGAAUGAUGCGCUGAAGGUUGCCAAAAUCUUGCAGGUACGUCUUGUUAGCUGUCUCCUCGGAACUGCUCUGAUAAUUGUUGUGACGCUUUCGAGGGCCGAUUCUGCAGUCAGAGGGUUUUGA